AUGUUCUCUUCUCCAAGGGUUUUAGGGCUUGCUUACUGCAUUACACGGCUUUUAGGCGGCUGCCGCUUCUCUUCUUCUUCUUCUUCGUUCUCGGAGGUUUUAGGGUUUCUUCUUCUUCUUUCUUCUUCGUUAUGGAUCCUUAUGGAACGGAAACAGUUAUCGAAGAUGAAAUCCACGAUGCUAAACCAUCCGAAGAUAUUGAAGACGAUGACGACAAAUCUCAGCCUCACUCUGGUGGUGGCGUCGAUAGUGCUGGAAAGAUAUUUGUUGGAGGUUUAGCCAGGGAGACAACUUCAGCUGAAUUCCUCAAGCAUUUUGGGAAAUAUGGAGAGAUCACUGAUUCUGUGAUUAUGAAGGAUAGGAAAACUGGACAGCCCCGAGGAUUUGGGUUUGUGACAUAUGCUGAUUCCUCUGUGGUCGACAAAGUUAUCCAAGACAAUCACAUUAUAAUUGGCAAGCAGGUUGAAAUUAAGCGGACGAUACCAAGAGGAUCCAUGAGCUCUAACGAUUUCAAAACUAAAAAGAUAUUUGUUGGUGGAAUUCCUGCUUCUGUAGAUGAUGAUGAGUUCAAGGAAUUCUUUAUGCAAUUUGGAGAGCUGAAGGAACAUCAGAUUAUGCGUGAUCACUCAACUGGAAGAUCACGUGGCUUUGGGUUUGUUACAUAUGAAAGUGAAGAUAUGGUUGAUCAUCUCUUGGCAAAAGGGAACAGAAUUGAGCUCUCAGGGACUCAGGUAGAGAUAAAGAAGGCGGAGCCAAAAAAACCAAACUCAGUUACAACCCCGUCAAAGCGGUUUGGUGAUUCUCGCUCUAACUUUGGUGGAGGUUAUGGAGAUGGUUAUGGAGAUGGUUAUGGAGAUGGUUAUGGUGGUCCAGGUGGUCCUUACAAAUCAGGUGGUGGCGGUUAUGGAGGUGGCCGGUCUGGUGGUUAUGGAGGGUACGGAGGAGAAUUCGGCGGGUAUGGUGGUGGUGGAUAUGGUGGUGGCGUGGGACCUUAUAGAGGAGAACCAGCACUUGGAUAUUCUGGUCGUUAUGGAGGAGGAGGCGGCGGUGGUUACAACAGAGGUGGUUAUGGCAUGGGAGGAGGCGGAGGGUACGGUGGUGGGCCGGGUGAUAUGUAUGGUGGGCCAUACGGUGAACCUGGAGGUGGUUACGGUGGACCAAGUGGCAGUUAUGGAGGUGGAUAUGGCAGUAGCGGCAUUGGUGGGUAUGGUGGUGCUGGUGGCGGAGGCUAUAGAGGAGGUGGUGGCUAUGAUAUGGGUGGAGUUGGAGGUGGAGGCGCAGGAGGAUACGGUGCUGGUGGUGGCGGAAACGGUGGAGGCUCAUUUUAUGGAGGAGGAGGAGGAAGUAGAGGUGGAUAUGGAGGCGGCAGUGGACGGUACCAUCCUUAUGGAAGGUAGAGAGUUCAAUAAAAGCUUGAAUCUUCUUCUUCUUACUUGUUGUGUCAUGCUUAGUUUCAUGUAUGGUUAUCAAGAUUGAUAGCUAGUCAUUGUAUUCUGAGAGAGGAGGCUUUUAGGGCUUUGAUUCCCCUGAGUAGUUUUAAUCAAUACAUUUUUAGAUAUAAUUAUCUCGGCGUUACAAUGCCAGAUUAUUAUUUUGCUUAGAAUUCUUGUGGCAACUUUAGAGUUAGCUUGUAUCAACGCUUUUGAGUUUUGACUCAAAUCUUAUUACUCUUGUCUUGUCUGUAUCAAAAUAUCCAUAUUUUUA